AUGCCGUCCCACAGAGUAAAGAACAUGUUGCUGAAAUCAAACUGCGUGUUGGAGGCCUUCGGCAAUGCCAAAACCAACCGUAAUGACAACUCCAGCCGCUUUGGCAAAUACAUGGACAUUAAUUUUGACUUCAAGGGGGAUCCCAUCGGAGGCCAUAUUAACAACUACCUGCUGGAGAAGUCCAGGGUAAUUUUCCAGCAGGAAGGCGAGAGGAGCUUUCAUUCGUUCUACCAGCUACUCAGAGGAGCUCCAGAUUCGCUUUUACGCUCGCUUCACAUCCAGAAGGACCCAAAAGCAUACAAUUUCAUCAAAGUUGGAGGCCAGCUUAAGUCUUGCAUCAACGAUGGUGCUGAUUUCAAAGCUGUAGCUGAUGCCAUGAAAGUGAUCGGUUUCACAGGGGAUGAGAUUCAGACUGUUUACAAGAUCCUGGCAACCAUCCUGCAUCUGGGAAAUUUGACAUUUGGAGUGGACGGUGAUGUGACCCUGAUAGAGAGCACAAAGCUGGUGUCUGUGAUCAGGGAGCUGCUGUCCACCAAGGAGGAAAACGUGGAGAAGGCGUUGCUUUAUCGCACGGUAGCCACGGGACGGGAUGUCAUUGAAAAACAGCACACGACACAAGAGGCCAACUACGGGCGGGACGCGCUAGCCAAGGCCAUGUAUGAGCGCUUGUUCUGCUGGAUUGUGAGUCGCAUUAAUGACAUCAUUGAGGUGAGGAACUAUGACGCCAAAAUCCACGGGAAAAACACUGUCAUCGGGGUUCUGGACAUCUAUGGAUUUGAGAUUUUCCAGAACAACAGCUUUGAACAGUUCUGCAUCAACUACUGUAAUGAAAAGCUGCAGCAGCUCUUCAUCCAGCUGGUGCUAAAGCAGGAACAGGAGGAGUAUCAGAGGGAAGGCAUCCCCUGGAAACACAUUGAUUACUUCAAUAACCAGAUCAUUGUUGACCUGGUGGAACAGCAGCAUAAGGGCAUCUUUGCUGUGCUGGAUGAAGCCUGUAUGAAUGUGGGCAAAGUCACUGAUGAGGUUUUUCUGCAAGGACUCAAUACGAAGCUGGCCAAGCAUGCCCACUACACCAGCCGCAAGCUCUCACCAACUGACAAGAGUUUGGAGUUUGACAGAGACUUUCGCGUCAGACACUAUGCAGGAGAUGUGGUGUACUCAGUGGUGGGUUUUAUUGAUAAGAACAAAGACACUCUGUUCCAGGAUUUCAAGAGACUGCUGUACAACAGUUCCAACCCAGUACUUAAGGCCAUGUGGCCCGAGGGCAAACUGAGGAUCACAGAGGUCACGAAGCGACCGCUGACGGCUGCAACACUCUUCAAAAAUUCAAUGAUCUCAUUGGUGGAGAACCUCGCCUCCAAGGAACCCUACUACGUUCGCUGCAUCAAGCCCAACGAUGUCAAGUCCCCUCUGCUCUUUGAGCACGAGCGCUGCCGUCAUCAGGUGGAAUACCUCGGGCUGCUGGAGAACGUCAGAGUGCGUCGCGCUGGAUUCGCCAACAGACAGACGUACCCUCGCUUCCUACAAAGAUAUAAGAUGAUCUCCGAGUUUACCUGGCCAAACCACGACUUGCCAUCAGACAAAGAUGCAGUCAAGAGGCUCUUGCAGGGCUGUGGGUUCGACCACGACGUGGCCUACGGCAAAACAAAGGUCUUCAUCCGCACGCCGCGGACGCUCUUCAGCCUGGAGGAGCAGCGAGCUGAAAUGGUUCAGAGAAUCGUCCUCUUCCUCCAGAAAGUAAGAGUCUGACUGAAUCUCAGUAGAUUAUGAAUCAGAUGUGUCAGUAUUACACUGAUAUCAUGGGAAAUUUCUUGGUGAUUUAGUGGUGCCAAACUAAUGAAAAGCUCCCCUAAACACAUUAAAUCACCAACUGCACACAAACAUCUAUGUAGGUUCCAACAGGCAGACAGAACAUUCUUCUCCAGGUGGUGGGCAUGGACACUGAUCAAAGACUUAUCUCCAGAGGAGACCCUGCAGGUGAGGGCCAAGGUAGCCGGCCUGGAGGCCCUGAAGGGCCAGAGGUCUGAUUUGGGGCUGCAACGGGCCUGGGAAGGAAACUAUCUGGUGAGUAGGAGAAACAGCCCUGACACGGCAGCAUCGUUCACACUGGUCUCAAGCGAUCUGCAGCGGAAAGACAAAUUCAUGAGAGUCCUGUUCUCCUGCAACGUACGCAAGAUCAACCGUUUCCACAAGUCGGAGAACCGGGCUGUGCUCAUCACUGACCGCCACCUGUACAAGAUGGACCCCCUGAAGCAGUACAAACCCAUGAAGAGCAUCCCCCUCUACAACGUGACAGGGCUGAGCGUGUCCCCCGGGAAGGACCAGCUGGUUGUGUUCCACACCAAGGACAGCAGGGAUCUCGUGGUGUGCCUGCAGGGUAUGGUGCCUGCCAAUGAGAGCCGCAUCGGGGAGCUAGUUGGCACCCUGCUUAGCCAUUUCAAGAGCGAGAAGAGGAAGCUGCAGGUGAACAUUGCGAGUCCCAUCCAGUGCAGCAUGAAUGGCAGAAAGUGCACGGUCAUCGUUGAGGCCAAGAUCAACCAGUCGCAGCCGGACUUCACCAAGAGCCGGUCUGGGUACAUCCUGGCUGUUCCUGGCAACUAAAGUGGGCCGAGACAGAAAAAGCAGCUGAUUUUGAAGCCGUCUUGAAUAAUAAUGAUGAUGAUUCACUUGUUGUGUUGUUUUGCAGAGCUGCUAAUAAUGUGACAGAGCAGCUCGGUCCUCAGUUUGGAAAGCAAUGCCAAAUUUGAAUUUUUAGUUGAAUUCUAGGCGUUUUGUUUUUUUAAAUAUGCACUAUAUGAUUAUGCACCAAAGAGGUGUUCGUUCUUUUUUUAGAAUCAAAAAUUGAAAUGAUUUGCUUUGUGCAAUAUUUUUUUUUUAUUGUGCAUUGAUUAUUUUGAGUGGAGGUGAGAGGAGAUUAUGCAGCAACUGUUCUCAGAACCACUGAUGUUGCAUAAGAGACAAAAAAAAUAAAAUCCAAAGGCUUUGCAGCAAUUCAUAAUCCCUGCAGCUCCGUGUGUAGGAGCCACAUCAAAAGUGAAACCAUAAAGAGAAAAUUCGCGUAUGACUUUGAUUCAUCUAAAUUGCUUUAAAACAGUAGAAACCUGUUUUUGUUUCCUAAAUAACUUUAAUUAUAAUUACUUUAGUUGCAGACUUGCCUGCGUAAGCGGUGAGUGGAAGGUUGUCCACUUAUAGUUUGUUUUAAUAGUUACAAUCACAUAAAAGGACAGUGAGCGAGAAUCAAACAGCACAUUUUUUAGUUUUAGUCACAGGGUGUUGAGCUGGAUGUGUUGAGCACAUCCUGAACUUUGCAGCCAGCACCAUGGAAAAAAAUCUACUAAUUUUAAUCUUGUAAUCUUAUAGUUUCUGUGCGAUGUCUGCAGUUUUAUAAUAAACACGCUAACGCUGCUUAUGUGAGGUUAGAACGUGCUGUUUGUGAACAGCAGUGCAAAUAUGUGUACAUGCAGAACUUACACUGCGUUUGGUGUAAACAGGGAUUCUGUAACUCGUUAACAAAAGUCAAAUAAGUGGAUGAUGACAUAAGCGUUACUUUGUUCCCUACAAGUGUUUUCAGUCCAUAUUUUCUCCAAACGUGAGACUUCGUGUUCUUACUGGCCAGUACUGUAUAAUCCCAUGUGAACUCCAGCUCCUAAAUGCACUCUCAUUUGCUGUCUUUGUGUCCAGUGAAUAGCCUGAUGACUUGUAGUGGCCCUUAGUCCUUUGGAAUAGGCUUCCACUUGACAAAUAUCCCCUUCAUCAAAGGAGAGUGAGUGUGUGUGAGUGCGAUUGAGGGAGUCUGUGUGUGUUGAUUAGCUCUUUUCGCUCUUCACUUCUUGGCUCAGAGAGGCUGGCUGGUAGCCACCAAGAAGGAGCGAGGACAGAAGGGUGUGACGUCUUUAGUCAGACUGCUGUCCCCAUGACUUUUCGUAUAUUUUGUGGUCUAUUCAGAGACUUCAUUUACAUCUUAUCUCACUAAAAAAAAAAUUAAUCACACUUCUCAAAGUGUGAAAAGCCAAAUUGUACUAAUCUAAUCAUCAGCGCGUGAAAGUGGCUCUGGGUCUAAUUUGUAAUGUUCUUACAAGCUGUUGGGUGAGUGUCCAUUGUUAGCACAUUCCAAUAUGCUGUUGUUGUGUUUUUUUUAGAAUAAUUACAACAAACCGUGGCAGCAUAAAAAUUGCAAUAUGUGUCUUUAUGUGCAUUGGAUGGUGAUAUUCAAAUUUCGGUGGUUUUCAGCAGUGCACAUACAAACAAAACCAGGAAGCUUCCUGCAGAGUAGAUCUUGAAUUGUAAACACAGAUGGCUGUGAAACUACAGUCGAUGGAAGCCUGAUGCUCAUCUUCAGACGGCAACAACGCUCUUUGCUUUUCUUGUGUAAAUACAGUUUUGCUACCAUGCAACAAAUAUGAGGAUUGUGAGCUUAAAAGUAAAAACUCUUGACUCUGGCAGUUUUAAAAUCAUUCACACAUAAUAGUUGGUUUUUCAGGGUCUUUUGAUAAAAGUGCGUAAUUUUGAUCAGCAGAUGACAUUUCUACUUAACAAAAAAUGCUUGACAACAUUUUUAUAGCUAGAAAGCUGCAUUCAAGAACUUCACAGAUGCAGGUAUUGAGCUAAAUGCAGCACUUAACAUACUAAUAAAAUUAAAAUUAAAAUGGGUUCUUUCUGAUUUGUCAUUUGUUACCAAAAACAUCUGCUAAUGAAAGUCAGGUUGGUUCUAAAAUAGGGAAGGAACAGUUAUGCUGUCGGAUGCUUUUGUUGAGUCCAAAGAUUAUCGGAAACUUUUAGUACUAUAUAAUUAUUCUGCCCACAGUCACAGGGCUGCAUUGUCUCUGUGCAAAGACACAGGAAAGAAUCUGGGUUAAGGAACAACAGCCCAAGGUUAGCAAUGUAGUUCCCUCUGUGUCUGCCCUAGUUGAAGAGGCAGGCUUCGUCACAACUGAGAGGAAAACUUGUUAGCAGUCGUUUUAGCCACAGUAGCUGAGUUCUCUGACUGUGUCUGAGUGUUGUAUGAACAAGUCAUUUAUCUAAAUUAGCUUGUGAGUGCCUCUCUCCCCCA